UAAUGCAAAUACGCCACACCUCAUGUUCAUUUUUUGUAAACAGUAAUGUUUGUUUAAAUUCUGAUAAACUUAAUUGGCAUUUAACUUCUCUUAUCUCCCCUCCUUGUCACAAGUAAUGAGCAUGAUUUGUGACGCCUUAGGUUGAUGUACCUUUUAAUUGUAGCUGGAAAGCAAUUUGAAAUUAAAAAGUGAAAUAAGUUUAUUUAAGGUGGACUUUGCACAGUAAGGUACAUCCCGAAAGCUAAGCUUGCGCUAAUGUUACAGCAUGCUAAAAUGCUAGCUAUAACUAUGCUAAGAAGUAACACUAUAAGUAUUACUACUUUAUGUCAUACUUUGGCCUCAAACUUGUACAGAAGCUGCUUAAACGUUUGCCGAAAGUCUUUGGGGCCAAUGUUCCGUUAAUGUUUACCAAGAUAAACCUUAGUUUAUGUAACGUAGGUUAGCUUGAUUAGCUAAUGUUAACAUAGCAUCACGGAAAAACAAAUUUCCGUUAAAGCUACGUACUGCGGUGGUUUUGUGGCUAAAGGCAGCAGCACCACAGACAGGAUGACGGACGAUGAACCUUUGCCUGAAAAAGUCAGAGGUCAAGAGUUAUCUUCACCUUACACACAGAUGGACGAGCAGCUGAUGCAGAGGGCAGUUACUCACACAGCACACUUGGAAAGCGAGGACCCGAAGGCAUCUUGAAAUAGAAAGUCAAAAGAGGAGGAGGAGGAGGAGAAGGAGAGAAAGGAGGGGGGUUUUAAGUGAGAGCAUUGGUAUGCCAGGCUCAAAACCUAGCAUGGCUGUGCAGAAGAAACAGAGUCUCAUCCCUUCAUCGCAGGGACCACUGUCUACACGUACCAUUGAGGCGCAGAGAAAGAGGAAUGGAAAUGAAAGAACAAGAGACAAUAUCAAACCAAAAUUACAGGGAAAGAAAACACCCGGUUCUGUCAACAAAUCUGCCCAAAUCUGCAACACAGCCACUCCAACACGGCCCGCUGCAGUUGCUAAUGGACUAAAUGUUGAUGAGAGGCUGAAAGCUGCACGGGAACGAAGAGAAGAGCACCAGAAGUUAAUUGCCUCUCGGGAAUUGAGCAGGUUAGAGCGGGAGCAGCGGGCCAGGCGAUACUAUGAACAACAACUGCAGCAGCGCAAGAAGAAGCUCCUGGAGCAGAGGCUCAAAGAGGAGAGGAGGCGUGUUGCUGUGGAAGAGAAGCGCAAGCAGAGACUGAAGGAGGAAAAAGAGCGAUAUGAAUCAGCAGUGCGAAGGACAAUGGAGAAGAGCCAGAGGGCCCAACAGAACCUCAGUCAAAACUCAAGAGGAAGGAAGCUCACCAAGUAUGCUCCUCGUCGCUUACCACUGACAACAUGGGAGAAAAACUUGGUCAGUCGCCUCCUUACCCCCACAUGCUCUUAUCUGGCCAGGAGCAAGAGUGCUGGUUAUCAGUCAGGAGAAGAAGUUGUCCAUGUUUGUCGCCGUGCAGUUUCAUUCCACUCCAUAAAUAGCACCACCAACACCGCCACCCCUCACAAAACCCAGCAGCACUCUGGUUCAGUCCACCACAGGCCAUCUGCCUCCCCAAGUCCCAGCAACAACCAGCACAAAAGCAUCAAUCUGACGCAGAAUAAAGCAACAAGACAGCAAAACGCUAAUAAGAACUUAAACAAGGGCUCAAAUACUAGAUCACCUGCCGUCAACACCAGUGAGAAGCAAGCCGCAGUUACACAAAGCAGAACAGCCUCCCCCUCACCUGAACGGACCCCCAGGAGAUCAAUCAGCAGACAUUCAACCCCGUUGCAGGUCGAGCUGCCAUCGGUCCCAGAGGAAGAUGUUGCAGUUUGUAGUUCUGCCCUCUCUCCUGGUAACUCGAGGCCUGUCAGGACAUCACGUGAAGGUCAGCAAAAGAAAAUCAGGGAUGAAAAGCCACCGGAGACUCCAUGUUCGAACCUGCCUGAGAAAAAGACAGAAGCUAUAACCAGAACAGCAGGAGACAGAAGUCCUCCCCAAACGCCUCCUCAUCCAGCUUCACAGCCUCCUGAAAUCAUGUGCAGGGCUUCAGCUGGGACUACAGACCCAGAGGAGGCCUCACGUCUCCUGGCUGAAAAGAGAAGAGAGGCCCGACUACAACGGGAGAAAGAGGAGCAGGAGCGCCUGCAAAGAGAGGAGGCUGAAAGGCGGAGUCGUGAAGAACUGGAGCGCAGGAGGGCAGAGGAACGAGCACGACAGCAGGCCGAGGCUCAACGUCUCAUAGAGGAGAAGAGGAGGAGGGAGGAAGAGGAGCAGCGGCGAGCUGAGGAAGAAAGAUCUCAGGCUAUGAAGGAAGCCGCCCUUCUGCAGAAACAGAGAGAGGAGGAACAAGCCAAAGAGAGGGCAAAAGCAGAGCAGAUGAAACAAGAGCGAGAAAUACUCGCACAGAAAGAGGAGGCAGCGCGCCAAGAACGAAAAAAAAGACUUGAGGAGAUCAUGCGGAGAACCAGAAGGACAGAUUCUCCAGAUACGAAACCUGCACCAUUGAAGAACUUGCCAAAUGAAGCCAAACCAAAGGAAAACACAGAGCCUCUGCACAAUGGCACUAUAGAAGAUGCAGUUAAACAGCCAGUGGCGACUAAGACCUCACAGCUGAACAAUGAGGAGGACAUGGUACCUGUUGUGGCCUUCAAAGAACGCAGGUCUCUCAGGACUCUCACAGGCCUGGAGGAAAUCCAGACCCAUCAACGGGCAGAGGUCAUCUGAGCAGCUGCAAAGUGGGCAAAGCCUUUGCUGGAGAGCUGUGAUUUCUCUGUGAAACACAGGAAUUACUGCAGUACAGCCAUUUUGAUGUCCUUCGGCACCUUGAAAGAGCAUGUAAAAUUACAGCCUUGCCUCUCACUGACGACGUCAGCAUUUGGUCCCUUUUCUGUGUGUAACUAGUGGCACAAGUUGUGGGAAAGUUAUUUAUUAAUUUCUUCAGUACAGCGGGUUUCUGAACUAAUAAUGGCUAUCCAAAAAACAGUAGAUGUAGACAGUGGUAAUAAUAGUUUGCUGGCAAUUACGGAGAGUGUCCUCUGUGAAAUACUAGGAAUAGACAUUCUAACAAUUGCAACAUAUGUUAGCCAUAUUCUUUUUGCUUAUUGCUGAUAUUUCUUGCUAUGUAAGCACUUUUCCCUUCCUCAGUUUUGUCACUGUGGAAUUAGAAUAGCUCAAGUGGCUGUGCUAAGAACAAGAGUCGUUUAGGUCGUUGCUGAUGAAAAGUUUACUUCCUACAUAAAUUCCUACCCUUUGAGUUUGUGAAGUAUAGCAAUCACAUAUUUCAAAGCUGCUAAGGAACUUAGUUUCCAAAGACUUUGCUUCAGUUUUGUGAGUGUUGUUUUAGAAAAUACAAUGCACAAAGCCAUUAUUGCACUUGACAGCUGCUUUGUUUGAUAUUGCGCAAUCACUUUACAAAGCAAAGUUUGAGGUGUAGAGGUUAAGUGAGUUUAUUAUAAUAAAAGCAUAUAAAAACAAAUGUAUCAGAUGAUCAAUAGUAUUGCGUAUAACUAUCACUUGUUAACCUGUUAAAAAGAAACAUAUGCCAUAUUUAAUUAAAGUUGAUGCUAUGCCGCA